AUGAGUCAGUCACAUACAGAGGCUACCAAUAAUAUCCCACACUGGGACGAGGCACCUGCCUCACUUGCUGAUUACCCUCUGCGUCAAAACCACACCAUUAUAGAUCCUUGGAGGUACUUGGACCGUCUGGGUUUAUACAAGAUCCUCCUGAAUGUCACCUCCUCUGAUGCGACUCUUGGCAGGGCUAACAACACGGCCAACAUUCUAUGGGGUCUGCCCAUGCAGCUUGGAUGGCAAUUCAGUACCGGUCGACUACAGGACUUCACAAAUGAAACAGCAUGCGGAAAGAAUCAGACAGAAGUAGUCAGAGACAACGAAUGGAACUGCAUCUCUCCAUGGAGCUGGUGGGGCAGCAUGAACUAUUUUUUGUCCGUGGUGCCGUUUCUAGGAGCACUGGAGGCAGGUUUGUUCCCACACUGGCCUCAUGGUUUCACCUUCUUGGCAUCGCUGUCCCAACCUGAGGACUAUUGCACGAGUGUCUUAGAAUGCAGACAACGGUAUCCAGUUACGAUGACGAACUGGGAAGACUUUUUUUUAAAUCUGUACGAUCCUAACAUCACUGAGCCUCACUACUUAAUAAGGGAUUGUGAUGACAAGACGUCAACCCUAAGCCCAAGAGAGCAAAUCAUCAUCACCAAAAUGUGGGUUGCACAUACCAGGUCCGUCGAAACAGGCCUGGCGCUGUUUGAUGGAACAAGGCUGAUGUUCAUGUCUAAACCUGAGCAGAGCUUUGGCCUUGGUUGGGCACACCUCAUUGGUUACAUUGCCGCUGCUAAUUUUGUGACCGAUUUGAAUACGACGGCCAUUUUGCAGAUGAGGUACCUACCAAAGCGCCUUCUGCACUCGGGGGACACUCCUCCUUUGAUUCCAGACUUGACAUGGGAUGAAAACAUGGUGAUAUAUAUCCUCCGUAUGGCAUAUAACAUUGAUAAAAAAACAGGUGACAGCCUGAUACAUGAGUGGCAGCGCUUGAUGUGCUCACCAGAAAGCCGAGCUAAAGGACGUGCUAUGAUUCCAAAUCUGCUUAACCCUUUCACGACUGCUUUGGACGUGAUAGAUCUCUUAUGGAUUUCCUUCACUGUAUGUUAAACCAAUACAUUCG